GAAAGCGGCGUGUUGACGCAUGAAAAUGUGUUCCUCUUUGCGUAAAAAGGCACAUCGCCUCUUUGAAAUGCAUCAUUCAUAACACACUUGUAGAGAAGCUUUUAUCUAUUAGUUAAGUUAUUUGCGUUUAUUGGAUAUCAUUAUUGCAUUUACUUGACAACAUGUCAGAAGUCUUCAUUAUAGAUCUAAUUCACUGUCGGUGUCCGCAGCACAGAUUGUGCGUGGAGAGGCAAGUAAAAAGCGUCACAGGUAGGAGCGAUGUCGGCUUUCAGAUAUAUCUACUAUUCGGACCACAUGGUCAACGUUGUAAUGCAAACGGCGAGAACAAUAUGUCUUUGCUAGAAACGUUUUUUAGUCAGAAGACAAACGUCCACGUAUUGGACUACACCACUGUUACGGAGUCUUGGUACCGUUUCAAACUAGCCGUGGACCAACUGGACUUACGAACGGUUCGGGUCUUCACCUCAAAAAAAAGGAGACCGAUGUUUGAAGCAUACAUUGAGCAACUUUUCACGGAAGUGUAUACAUUUGAGUACAUCACAUCACAUGACCUCCCGUGCCCUGGUCAUGUGCAAUGCGACUCACCUUUAGCUCCACCUGGCAGUGAGGUCAGAGAGGAGGUCAGAAGCUUUCUGCAGCAGUUACCAGCUAAAGGAGACGUCACCAUACUGAGGUCCACUUUAAUUUCAGACUGUUUCUCCCAUGGAUUCACCACACGUACAGGAGGUAUUUCCUCCAUCUCCACCCUCUCCUCUCUCAACCUGUUCAGUAGCUCCAGACGCAGAGACCCCAUGACCCUCGUAGCAGAGAACAUCCGCCGACUAGCCCAAAAGGCUGGGUUCUACCCCCGACGCCUGCACCUGGUCAAGGUGAACCACAGCAGUGACGUAUGGGUGAUGGGAAAGGAAGACGAGCCACACGACUAUGAUGGCAUCGUAACCAAUCAGAGAGGUGUUGUCAUAGCUGCGCCAGGAGCUGAUUGCAUGCCCCUCCUCUUCACUGACCCCGUGGCCAGGGUCAUCGGAGUAGCUCACGCUGGAUGGAAAGGAACCCUGAUGGGUGUUGCCAUGGCUACAGUCAACGCCAUGGUGAUGGGAUUCGGCAGCAGGGCGUGUGACGUCACCGUGGCGAUCGGGCCGUCGGUGGGGGCCUGUUGCUUUACACUGGAGAGAGAGCAGGCUGCAGACUUCUACUCUAUCCACCCUGACUGUGUUCCUGACAUGGCUGAGACCAGGCCUCAUGUCAACAUACGACUAGCCACCAGAAUACUUCUCCAGAGGGAAGGGGUCCUGCCUGAGCGUAUCCAUGAUGACACGGUGGCUGACAGGCCGAGCGUGACCCUGUGCACAUCCUGUCACCCUGAGGCCUUCUUCUCCCACGUCAGGGACGGGCUUAACUUCGGAACGCAGAUCGGCUUCCUGUGGAUGGACGAAACAGGAACUACUGACUGUUUCAGUAGUUCAGAACACUGAAUUCAUUUAUGUACAUUACCAGUCAAAAGGUUUAGAACAUCUACUCAUUGCAGGGUUUUUCUUUAUUUGGACUAUUUUCUACAUUGUAGAAUAAUAGUGAAGACAUCAAACCUAUGAAAUAACAUAUGGAAUCAUGUAGUAAUCAAAAACGUGUUUAAUAUAUUUUAUAUUUGAGAUUCUUCAAUGUAGUGACCCUUUGGCUUGAUGACAGCUUUACACACUCUUGGCAUUCUGUCAACCAGCUUCAUGAGGAAUGAUAAUCCCACUAAGUGCAAACCAGAUGGGAUGGCGUAUCUCUGCGCCACUCGAAUGCUGUGGUAGCCAUGCUGGUUAAGUGUGCCUUAAAUUCUAAAUAAAUCACUGACAGUGUCACGAUCAAAGCAUCCCACAUCCUCGUCCAUACUUCACGGUGGGAAACACACAUGCAGAGAUCAUCCGUUCACCUACUCUGCGUCUCACAAAGACACGAUGGUUUAACUUAAAACUUAAAAGUUCUUGAAAUUUUCCACAUUGACUGACUUUGAUGUCUUAAAGUCAUUAUGGAUUGUAUUUUCUCUUUGCUUAUUUGAGCUGUUCUUGUUCCUGUUUCAUUCCAGGUGACUACCUCAUGAAGCCGGUUGAGAGAAUGUCAAGCGUGAUUAAAGCUGUCGUCAAGGCAAAGGGUGGCUACUGUGAAGAAUCUUACAUAUAACAUAUUUUGAUUUGUUUAAUACUUUUUUGGUUACUACAUGAUCCCAUAUGUGUUAUUUCAUAGUUUUGAUGUCUUCACUAUUAUUCUACAAUGUAGAAAAUAGUACAAAUAAAGAAAAACCCUUGAAUGAGUAGAUGAGUGUCCAAACAUUUGACUGGUACUGUAUAUUAAAUGCACAUGUAGCCAUAUCUGUCUGUGGUAAAGUUGCAUGCAACAUAAAAGCGGUACACUCCAGAUAUGAUUAAUCUUUCCAUGAAUAUUUAAUUCAUAUGCAAACACUUAUUCAUACACAAUGCAUUAUUGUGUUUGUGUGAGGAUACAGAAUUAUUUUGGUUCCACAGAAAUACAGUAGCAGGAAAUCUGAUAUAUCAAAAGGUGGCGAUAGCACCACCAAAAUAAUACUGUAUCCUCACACAAAUACAAUAAUGCAUUGUGUGUUUAUCUUUGUCUCAAUCUCUUUAUUUGAAAGAUCUCAGGAAUCACAUCUGUAUGAAUAGGCCAUGUGGGGUGCACAUAAAUGAAAACCCAAUAUAGAAAGUUUGAUUAAAAGAACCUCCAUAGCAAGGCAUAUAAAGUCUCUCUAUCUUGUAUGAUCUUGUAUUUUAGUGUUUUAUGAGGCCAUGGUCUAUUAAAGCUACCGUUAAACACAUCUUCACUGCAUUGUAUAAGUUCCACACCAGCUACUUUAAUUAAACUUGACUAAUUAA